GGCGGGCAGCGGCGGCGGCAGGGCUCAGCCCGUCCCGGCGCGGGCCAGAUUGUUUGCACUGCUGAAAAAGGAACUGCAAUGGAGAGUACAGUAUCGGUUAUUUUCGUUGUAUCCUUUUCCAUACUGCUGUGUGACAGUUACCAUCAUGGAGUGGAGACCGUUACUGUUGUGCAUACAUCAGAGAGAGCUUUUCCAGAAAAGACAGUGGGCAUUAAUACUGACUUGGCAGGGCUAAUACAGAAGUUUCACCUUCAAGAACUUUUUCAUCGUUAUGGAGAAAACAACUCUCUAUCAAUUGAUGGGUUUAGAAAACUCCUCCAGAACAUAGGUAUAGAUAAAAUGAAAAGGAUUAAAAUAGGCCACGAUCAUGACCAUGAUCGCCACGAUCAUGACCACGAUCAUCACAAUCAUGACCACGAUCACCACGAUCAUGAUCAUCACGAUCACGACCACGACCAUGAUCAUGAUCAUCACUUUCACCAUAAUCAUGUUUCGCUGAGUAAAAGCUCCGAGAAGACUUCUUGUCCAAACCAUGAAUCUGAUGCGAACAAAGACCGCAGGAACAGCCAUGCGAAGGAACCUCAUAAAGUGGAGAAUAUGGAACACCAGCAAAACUUUGUACGCAGCAAGAACACUGUUAAUGAAAUAAUGGCAUCUGUCAUCACUGCUUCUGCAGGUGGCCACUCUGAGUUGCAGAAUGUGCAAACCGGGGAAGUCAAGACAGUUGCUCGUUCAGGGCUGACCGGCCCCAGUGCCGUCAACGUCACAGGCGGCCGCAAUGCGAGCUGGCCUGCUGUCAGCAGGGCAAAUGAAUCUCGUGCUUCCCUGAAGGAGUCGGAAGGAGGAAGUUACCUGUAUUCUAAACUGAAAAAACAAAGCACUCAAGAGUGCUCAAAUGCUUCAAAACUGAUGCAGUCACAUGGAAUAGGCACUCAAGUAUUGUUGUCUGCUACAGAAUUUAGUUACCUCUGUCCAGCUCUUAUUAAUCAGAUCGAUGGCAAGUACUGCAUAGUCCAUGCAACUAGUGAAAAAGCUGAAACUCCUCCAAAAAGUUACUCUCUGCAGAUAGCCUGGAUUGGUGGCUUUAUAUCCAUCUCUGUCAUCAGUUUUCUUUCCUUACUGGGUGUUAUAUUGGUGCCGCUGAUGAACCGCGUAUUUUUCAAGUUUCUUCUAAGUUUUCUUGUGGCACUGGCUGUGGGGACCUUGAGUGGAGAUGCCUUCCUGCACCUCCUUCCACAUUCUCAUGGAAACCAUCACCAUCACCAUGAAAAGCCUCUGACUGAACAAAACAGAGGCUCUAUGCACAAACAUCCUGUGUUUCCAAGUACAGAGGAGAGUGCUUACCUGGAUUCUACAUGGAAAGGACUUACAGCACUUGGAGGCUUGUACUUCAUGUUUCUAGUGGAGCAUUUGAUCACUUUAAUAAAGCAGUUUAAAGACAAGAAGAAAAAGCAGCAGAAGUUGAAGUCAUUUUGCGAAGCUCAUCUGGCCAUGGCUGUUGAAAGGCCUGAGGGCUAUCUAGGGACAGACUCCCAAGAUCCAUCAGCCUUCAUUUCUCAGCAACCAACUGUACAAGAGGAAGAAGAAGUGAUGAUAGCUCAUUCUCAUCAGGAGGAGGUUGACAAUGAAUAUGUGUCCAGGGGCUGUAGAAACAAAUGCCAUUCUCACUUACACGAUACUCUAGGACAGACAGACCAUCUUAGCCACCAUCACCAUGACUACCAUCAUAUUCUGCAUCACCAUCAUCACCAGAACCAUCAUCCCCACAGUCACAGUCAGCGCUACUCACGUGAAGAACUGAAGGAUGCAGGGAUAGCGACUCUGGCCUGGAUGGUGAUUAUGGGAGAUGGACUACACAACUUUAGUGAUGGGCUAGCAAUUGGAGCAGCCUUUACUGAAGGGCUGUCUAGUGGUUUAAGCACUUCUGUGGCUGUGUUUUGCCAUGAAUUACCUCAUGAGCUAGGAGAUUUUGCUGUACUUCUAAAAGCCGGUAUGACUGUCAAGCAAGCUGUGCUUUAUAAUGCUCUGUCUGCUAUGCUGGCCUAUCUUGGGAUGGCGACUGGGAUCCUUAUCGGUCACUAUGCAGACAAUGUCUCAAUGUGGAUAUUUGCACUUACUGCUGGCUUGUUCAUGUACGUGGCUCUUGUGGAUAUGGUACCUGAAAUGCUCCACAAUGAUGCCAGUGAUCAUGGAUGUAGCCGGUGGGGAUACUUCCUGUUACAGAAUGCUGGGAUUCUCCUGGGUUUUGGGAUAAUGCUGCUUAUCUCAGUGUUUGAACAUAAGAUUGUAUUCAGGAUAAACCUGUAAUCCUGGCUGCCAGAAAGACAGCUUGGUGUUAAAUUAUAAGUAGUAGGGUUUUUUUUCUAUUAAACUCCUUAUUGGAGAGGUACAUUUGAUAUAGACUAGAUAUUUUUAUUGGUGUGCUUUGUGGUUAAGCCCUUUCCUCCCUUCUCCCCGGAUAGAAAUGAACACUGUAAAGUUUUGGGUUUUUUUACUUGGGAUUUAGUAUUGCUUAUGGUACUGUGGAAAGUGGUACUUGGUAAAACAUGGUUAAAGUGCCAAAUCGGUGUUGUCUUUGGGGUUAGGUUGGGUUUUUUUACUGAACUUGUUUACUGUAUGUAAUUAUACGUUAUGUUUUUUUACUUCAAUGGUUUGGUUGGUUUAGAGAGGCAAAACAACAGUGGUUUUUAUUUUAGCACAAUCAAAAUGAGUGGAUACAAAUCACAGUGAGCAGUGUAAAAUGAGAAAAAGACAAGUAAUGGUUAGCAUGUGUUUGUAUUGGCAGACAUUCAUCUCUUCUUCAUACACCUAGUUUAUAUGGAUUGGUAGCUGACUCCAUCCUUUGUAGUGGUGGUGCUCUCAACAGCUUGUGGAUUCCCUGUGUCUUAUUCCGGUUGCUUUCUACUCUAAACAAAUUAAUAUGAAAUAAUGUUCCAAGUGUUUGCAUCAAAUGUUUUACUUGUUUGAUCCCUUCUGAUACCUGUUGCUUUUCACUGAUUUGUCAAGUCAGCAACAAAAGUACAGCUAUGAAAUUGUAAAAGUAUGGCUCUAAAAUACAUGAAUUUCAGCAAAAAGGCUUUAAAAGCAGUGCUAUAUCCCACUUAUACUGCCUGAAAUGACAAAGGUAUAUUAAAACCUGUUUGAUAUCAAAGGGGGGAUCAGUACAGGCUGAGAUAAAACAGUCAUUUACUAUAACAGCUUCCUGAAGUAAAGUGUUGGUUUACUUUGGGAAAAUGAGCUGAGUGGGAGAGCUGCCUACUUCUAGUUCAGUAUGAUUGCACACGAACUUGUGCUUGCAAAGCAGUUACAUUCUUUGCAAGAACUAAGACUGAGAAAUCCAAAAUACCAGAAUUUCUUUGACAGCAUAUCUAGGGAAGCAGCAUGUUGAGAAUAACAAGUGUAGACUUAACUGUGUGGUUUGAACUUAGUCUUAAUAUUUUUCACCACCCUGAAUGUAACUGAAGUAAGAAGGCUGAAAAAACAAUAGUAAAAUAAAUAAAUUCUGCAUUUGUGCAGGGAAGGUGAAUAUUAGACAACUUUUAUUUGAUUAAAAACUAACAGAAUUAUUAUAUUUUACUAGCUGGCUUUAAAAAUCCUGGAAAUAUAACAAUUAGAACUUAUUUUUGAUCCACUGCUUCAAAUCACCAGCUGAAUAAGAAGCUUGAACACCACAGAAUUGUUUAAUUAUAGCUGAUAGGUUGACAGUCUGUUGGUCUGUCAUACAAUGGAAGCCAAAACUUAUUCUAUCACCUCAGAAACAGAUGUUUUCAAUUAAAUGAGUGGUUUGAGAGUUUUUUAUUAGUUGAGAAAUGGGCAUCAGAGGAGUUUUUGCAGGCAAUGGAAUAUUAGCUUCUCCUCCUCCUUCAGUCUUUUCUGAGGUUAACAAGACUGAGGUUUAAUCUUCUGCCCAUGGUGAUGAAAUCCUGUUCAGUGCCUCCUUUGAAGCCAGGGGAUUGAGAAAGGCGUACUUCCUUCAGCUCUGCUAAUGCAUCCUGAAAGCAGUACUAAGCUAUGAUGGGCUCUUACCACCUCCCCUAUAUCUGCCAUGUAGGAACCCGUGCAUCUCUGCUUGGUGAGCAGUUGUUUGGAAAGAGGAAGAGAACUUUCUUUUGGAAGCACAUAUUUUCCUCCCCUUAACCUAACUUUUCAUCACUAUAAGCAACUCUUGUGCUGGGCAUUCAUCUCUAACAGGAACACUGACAAAAUGUAGGUGCAUUAUCUCCCUUAAUCAAGCAGUUUACAUUCUGUAUUGCAUUUGAAUUAACCCUCUGGACUUCCGUUAGAAGAACACCUCUGAACAGAGGAGUUGUGCCAUGGUACAACAGCCAUGAGCUAUUUUUUUAAUAGCAUCUUCUUGAUCACCCAUCCUUUUCUUAUAGCAGUUAUAUUCUAGUGUUCCCAAGCUUGAAUUAGUAGUAUUUAUGAGUAUGAUGAAAAUUGGAUAUCUGUCUACCCAUUGCUUCUGCAUCUUCUAUGCACUUAAACUGACAUCUUAUUUGAACUCUCAGAAGAGGAGGUAAACUGUUUUUUUUCAGUCUUAACUCUGAUGAUAAUUCUGCCCUUACUUCUAUGUUCAUUUAACUUCAGGAGUAGCUAAACUCUGCGUUAAACCCACCUUCUGAUCUUCAUCUUUCCCUUUCCACCUCUAGUGCUUGAAUACCGUAAUCUUUGGCUCAUCAAAAGCUGCUUUAUUUCUGCCAUCACUGCCUCCUUUUUAGAAAAACAGAUCCAAAUAAUCAUGCUGACACCUAUGCUGACACACACUAAACCUGUCAAAUGAAAUUUUUUCAUGCCUUUUCGUAUACUGACCUCCAAUCUUGGCGGUCCCACCUCGUUCCCGAUCUCUCCAAAUAUAGCUGCUUUUCCCCUGGAGGUGUUCCUGAUGUCUCUUUUUUGGAGCUGAGUGUGUCGUUCUUUGGGGUGAUCUGAUUUGCCCCUGACCUGUCUAAACAACUCUUGCCUUUGCUAGGGUAAUAGUGCUGGUCACCAUCAGCGCUGAUGUGCCUCAGUUUGUGCUCCUGUACUGCUCCUUAUGGGCAACACAUAUUCCUGAGGAAAAAAAGUCAGCAAGGCUUGUCCCUUCCUUUCCUCCAGACCUCUCAUUGUGACUGUUCUGCAUGAUGCAGUUUCAGGGAUGCAGCCUCACUGUGUCCUAGCAGGCUUUGUAGGGCUUGGGGCACCGUGUUUACCCAUGGUGUGCUAAAACACCAUAAAUACAGUGCACUUCAGCCCAUGGGGCUUUCACCUUCUGUCCUGCACUCUCAGCUGCUACAGAAAUCGGGCAUGCCCCACCUCGGUAGUCCUGAGGCAUUUCAGACUUGGAUGAGCAAAGUUUGCUUUGAAUUUUUUACUAGCCUACAACCAAAAUAGCUGCCAGUUCAGCUGGACUUCUGUUGUCCACAUAGUGGAUAUGACAUAGGAAGCAGACAUGUGGCCCAGUGUUGCUCAAGAGACUUUAAAAUCAAUGACUAAAUGAUGGAGAUAAAUCUACAAAUUUCAGACAGUGUUUCCAGUGGGUUCUUGGCUGGUUUUUGAUGUGAUCAACUGACGUUAAAGUAUCUGCAUGUCAAAACACUUUGCUAAUAUAACAAUAUGAAAAAUGAAUUGCCUUUAGAGUAUGCGAGUAGAAGUGUCUCUAACCUAAAAAACAAGCAUAUUCUACCUCUUUAAUGAUUGAUGGAGAUGUCCAUGACAGACAGCUGUCCAAACUAGUAAUUGAGAAGACUAUAGACUGAGACUUGCUGUAGGUUCGUACUAGCAAGAUGACAAAAGGUUGUUUGUUUUUUGUUUGGUUUGGGUUGGUUUGUUGUUGUUUUGUUGUUUGUCAGCCUUAUAAAGUAGAAUCUGCAUUUGUUGCAGUGUACUCAUGUUGAAAAUAUUCGUGGUUUGGCAAACUGAUGGGGCAGAGCUUCUAGGCAGCCCUUUUAUGCGUAUUUUUUCUGCAGCAGUUUGUAAUGUGCCUGCCUAUUCUGACUGAUAAAUGGAAGUACCUGUUUUGUGUAUCUGUCUAUAGCUUAAUUAUGGUACAAACCUUAAUUUUAUAUGCUGUUACAGCUGCCUUUAGCACCCGUGCUAGAUGCAGGUAAAUGGAAUAUGCUGGCAUCGGUUGUU